GGAGCUCCUAGGGGUCGCUGUGACCCAGGAAAGUCUAGCCCACCUGCUUCCAAACUCUACUCUCCCCCAUCAUCCUUUGCGCUGCCGCCGCUUCCCUCUCUCUCCGUCUGCCUCCAUUGUCUGGAGCUCGGUCGGCGGCUCUCGACCAUGUCGUCCCACAAGACGUUCAAAAUCAAGCGGUUUCUCGCUAAGAAGCAAAAGCAGAACCGGCCUAUCCCGCAGUGGAUCCGCAUGAAAACUGGCAAUAAGAUCAGGUACAACUCCAAAAGGAGGCACUGGAGACGGACCAAGCUGGGCCUGUGAGAAGCAGCAGCGCCCCGAGCAACACGUCUCUCCCACCAUGCGCCUGCAACCUCGGAUGGCCCCUUCCCACAAGUCCAACACAGCUCUAUUUUCCGGGCUGAAUCCUGUCAUGGGUUCUGCUGGGUUCUUUUCUGGGAUUAAACCCAAGAGGGUUUUGGAAUGAUUAAAACUGAAUAAUGCAAAGCUUUGUGUUUAUCGUUCCGUAUCUUUUUCCUUCCGAGCCCGUCUGGAUCGCCUGCCAGCGGAGACGGGCUCAUUAAUAAAUAUGAGGUUGCUUACAGUCCAGUGAA